GCCGGUUUCCCCUCAUUCCCUCGCUGUCGUGCUUUGCCUUCACUCUGAUCACUGAUGAUAUGAUUCAGGGUCUUCCUACCCUGGUCCAAACAAACCGCAUGUCGCUUAUCGGUCGCUCGUAUUCAAGACCUGCGCCGUUGUCUUUUCUCUCCGGUCCAAUGAUGAAUCCACCGGAAACCCUUGCUCUGAAGAAGCCUAUCGGUCGGCACAAUCUAGGCUGAAGAUGGCUCUAUACCUGCCGAGCAGGAAUCGGGGUCGGCCUGAGGAUUUAGACCGGCCCUGACGACCAGCCCGAUUGUUUUCACGAAGAAAGAAACCAGAGAUACAGAGCAAAAAUGUCAGCCACUACAGGACCCGAUCCCACAAGGCAUUUGCCCCGGAUUCUAUGCCUUCACGGCGGUGGAACCAACGCGCGCAUCUUCCGAGCCCAGUGUCGAGGGCUCGUCGCCCAGCUGAAAUCCGAGUUUCGUCUCGUCUUCGCACAAGCGCCAUUCCCAUCGCACGCCGGAUCCGACGUGCUCUCCGUCUACAGUCAAUGGGGUCCCUUCCGACGCUGGCUACGCUGGCGACCCGAGCAUCCUCUGGUGUCGCCGCUCGACAUCAUCCACGCGAUCGACGAUAGCCUCGAGGAUGCGAUGGCCCGCGACGAUGCUGCGGGCGCAACGGGCGAGUGGGUAGCUUUGUUGGGAUUCAGUCAAGGCGCCAAGGUUUCAGCCAGUCUUCUCUAUAGGCAGCAGCAGAGUCGGGGUAAAGCGCAUUCUAAACCCUGGUUCCGCUUCGCCGUCCUGCUAGCCGGUCGCGCGCCGCUCAUCGCCUUGGACCCUGAGAUGGAAACCAGUGAUCUCUUGCCGGACGCAGCGCAGAUUACCGACAUGCCCGACUAUCGAGAGCGAGCCUCCCAUGCGCAGACUCCGACCCUGCGUGUUCCCAAUCUCCAUGUUCAUGGACUGCGCGAUGCCGGAGUCGAGCUUCAUCGACAGUUAUACGAGGACUUCUGCGACCCGAAAAGUCGACGAGUGCUCGAAUGGGACGGAGAUCAUCGCGUACCGCUGAAGGCCAACGACGUAGCUCAAGUGGUUGCGCAAAUCCGGCAAUUGGCCGCAGAAACCGGAGUUUACUAGAUACGAAACAAGAUGGUUGGCCGGAUAGAAGGAUAGAUAGACCGGGGGAUACAA